AUGUUUAUCAUAGAAGAUCAGAAACGAAAAAUGAAGUCAAGAGGCCGCAAGGCCCAGUAUGAGACUAAAACAGAGCCCUCAGGUCUCGACUUGCCUGAUAUCUCUCCAUCAAAAGAGAGCAAGAAGAUUUUGGAUAAUUUUUACCCAAAGUCUAUUAAGCAUUACAAAUCACGGUUGAUUUCGGAAUCUGAGUAUACUUCUACUCCAAGACUUCCUCCUACAUCUCGGCAGGUGAGGACAGUCAGGCAGAAAAAGAUGCUAAAAGAGGAGGAAGAGGUAUUUACCAUCAAUACUAGGCAUUCUAAGCUGGAAAGAUACACCUUAAAGGAGCUAUGUCGUCAGAAUAGAUGGAAAGAAGUCCAUAAUUCUAUCACAGGUUCACUUAUAUGGUUUAUGAGUGCCCUUAGAGACAUUGACCUCAAAAUCCUUGCUUAUAAAUAAGUGAUACUUCAAUAGAUACCCAAGGGCUAAUUUAAUUUGCAGAAAAUAGCAAGUUUCAUAGUAUAAUGAGGAAGUACACAAGGUUCUUCCCUGAAGAAUUCGACUUCAUCCCUGAUACAUUCUUACUUCCAGAUGAGUUCAGAGCUUUCAGUCGAAAAUUCAGCAGCAGCCCUGACAAAGUCUUCAUUGCUAAGCCGUCAAUGAGCAAAGGAGGAGAGGGAAUUUUCUUUGUGAAGAAGAAAUAAAGAUGUUUCAAAAGAUGCUCUUAAAUCUGUCAAUUUUGUUGUUCAAGAGUACAUCCAGAACCCUCUACUGCUGGGCAACAAGUUUGAUCUGAGAGUUUACCUCCUGAUCAAAGGAGUAGAUUACCUAGAAGCUUUUGUUGGCUUAGAAGGUAUGGCCAGGUUCUGACCUAAGGAUAAUGGGUCCAAGAGACUUCUCACAAGUGUCUGGAAAGAACUUGAGAAAGAAGGAGUUGAUGUAGACGACAUUUAAAAAGCAAAUAAAAGAUAUAUCUACCAAGAUUGUGCUUGCAUUCCAGCCUCUUCUCGUGAACACCUAUCACACAGAGAUAGGAUUACAGGGAGAGUGAAACACGAAUUGAUUCCACAUCUUCGGGUUUGAUAUCUUAAUCGACUCAGACUAUAAAUGCUGGCUAAUGGAAGUAAAUGCUCAUCCAAGCAUGUGAUAUGUGCACGAACAAGUAUUUAAGGAUGAAGGAGGCAGACCAAGGACUCAUAAAGUUCCAUCAGAUUUAGACAAAUAUCUUAAAACCUUACUUUUGAAAGAAGCUCUAGAUCUUGUAAUUAACAAUGAUGUCUAUGGUAUAAAUAACUUCAAACCGAAAUUUAGUGAGGAUGAGCCCAAAGGUGAAAAGAGCUCAUAUGUGUUUGAAAAAGUAUUCCCACCUGAAGAUGUAGAAAAAUACGCUCCCUUCACUAUUUAUAAUGACAUAAGAGUUCUUUUUGAGCUCCUAGCUGGGUAUAAAAAGCCAAAUAACCUGACUGUAUCCCAAUUCCUAAAGUUAUCUAACUAUCCUGGGAUGAAAACUGAUACUUUCACAAAACCUGAUUACACAAUGCUGUAUCAGAGUUAUAGAAGACGGUCGUGCAAAAAUGAGAUGACUUUGGAUGGAUUCGCAACUGCCUUAGAACAUCUUGCACUAAAAUUAUAUCCAGAAACCCUCAAUACGGAUGAAAGCCAUGAUACAGAUGUUUCUUUACUCAGACUUCGCACCUUAGUCACAGAUGCAAUCACUUACGCUUCGGUAUCUCGGUAAUAUCUUCAAUGAGGUUUAAAA